UUUGGUUUGGUUGCUAAGACACCGCUGUUAUUCACCGAAGAGUAUGUCACGAAGUCCUUCAACCUUUGUGGAUGCUGAUAAUCCACAUCAGAGUCUUCGCUCACAGUCAGAACUGACUGACACUGAGAGCAGGAGUGAAACUGAUGAAGCAGAAAGUGAUUUGGGCACAUGCACAAUAUUGCAGAGUGAUGAUGUCUGCACUGACAGCCGUGAGGAGAGCGUAUGUACAGAAACACAGAAAACUAUAGGAUCACACUGGAGCUCAUACGUGCAGCCCAAAGCUGAAGGAGACCUCCGUAUAUACAGCCAGCUGGAAUGUGGCUGUGAGGUGAUGGCGUGCCAGUUUAAUAAUGAUGGUGCUCUUCUGGCUGUUGGACUCAGUAAUGGAACAAUUAAGGUGUAUAACACAGACACCAGCAGUCUAGUGCAGACACUUAGGGACAGUGAGAGCCUGCUGUCCUCUCUCCCUGUCACUGCACUGCGCUUCAUUCUCAGCUCCAAGUCUCACAGCCUCCUUCUGGCCACAUAUGCCAGUGGCAGCGUGAGGUGCUGGUACAUAUGGGGGCAUGAAUGUUUGUGGACUGUAAGAGAGGUUGGAGAAAGUUCCUCCCAAGGAGAGCCAAGGCAGACGCUCUCGCUGUCCAUCUCCGCCUCUGGUGAGACGGCAGCAGCUGGGGGCUCAGACUCUGCAAUACACCUAUAUGACAUGAAGACUCAGCAGAGGCUUUCAACCUGUAGUGCAAGCUCUUCCAGGACGGUUAUGGAUGGACAUAGGCUUCGAGUCUUUGCUGUGACAUUCCACCCUGCGAAGGAGAAUGAGUUCAUUUCAGGAGGCUGGGAUAAUACUAUACAUUUCUGGGACACUAGACAACAGCGCUCUGUCAGAAUGCUGUCAGGUCCUCAUAUCUGUGGGGACUCUCUCCAUAUUGACCCUGUGACCAACCAAAUCCUCUCUGGGUCCUGGAGGAAGGAGAAAGCCCUUGAGAUCUGGGAGUAUUCUUCUGGCCAGAAGAUAUGUGAAGUCCCCGAAGACCCCCACGGACAGAGCAGAGUCUACACCUGUGAUUGGCUGGGACAGGAUUACAUUGUGGCAGGUGGUAGCCAACCAAACAUGUUGAGACUCAUCGAUCGGCGCACAUUGACGUCUGUGUCCAGGGUGCUUGGUCUGCCGUCGGCCAUAUUCAGUUCUUCCAUCAGCCCAAGAGGAAAGUGCACAGGGUUAAUUGCUGUCACUUCAGGAAGCAGAGUAUUCCUGUUAGACAGCAGUAGCCACCAGGCAAUGAAGCAGAAUGUCCACUGUGAAGAGAAAUAGACCUUUAUAUUUCAACAAAUAUAGUCCUCCACGUUUCUGUGCUGCUAAUAUCACACAUAUUUUUUUAGACUUAAUGAUGUAACAAGCUUUUGCUUACAGGCACCCUAAACUACCUUUAUGUGUUCAAUGGACUGCUCAAUAAAUUUGAAUUAUUAUUAUCAUUUUAAA